AGCUUUCUAUAGCAAUUUCACAGCCAGCAUUACCGGCAGCCGCCCUGAGUUCUGUGUCCGGCGUCCGCACAGUAACCAAGCAGAAACCCGUGUUGGGCCAUUUUUGAAGGAGAAGCCGAGAGAGUUACAGAGGAAGUUCGUUCUUCCAUGGCUGCCACUCGCCGGUAUUCCUGCAAGACUGCAGCAGAAACCCUAGAUUGGAUUAACGCUAUCGCCGACUUCUUGUUACGCUUCAGAUCUCUCAUCGACGCCCACGUCGUCAAUUUUUUUAAGGACAGGCUUUGGGAGACGAUAGACAACCAAUGGAUGGAAUGCCUCAGGAAGGAGUCUGUAGAGAAUUUAUUGGGUAUACCAUCUGCGCUGGUUCAGGAGCACUGGCCUUCUUCGCUUAGAGAGUUCGUAGCCACAUUGAGGUCUCUCGUGCUACCUAGAGAGCAGAAUUUGUCAAAUGCAAUUUUGGAAAAUUUCCAUGCAGUUCCACUUGGCAGCGUUCUCUCUCAAGGAAUGAAUUCAAAGAAAAAACAUGAGGUAGAAAUACUAGCUGCUGCUGUUAGCACUGUUGCUCGUGGUGUUAAUGCCCAGAAGAUCAUUGAUGUUGGUUCAGGACAGGGUUACCUUUCACAAGUUCUAUCAUUUGAGUAUCAGCUUUCCGUGGUAGCAAUAGAUUCUUCUUUACACCAUUCAUCUGUUACGAGUGCUCGUGCAAAUAGAAUAAAGAAGCAUUAUGCAGCCAAACUGCAUAAACUUCAACAUGGAGAUGAACUUCUAAAGGUGCCUCAGACUGUCACUUGCCAAGUACUUUCUAGCGAAUCUCUUGCGGCUUUAAGCAUAAGGACAGUAGAUGAUCAUAUACAAGCUGAUGGUAUGGGGAGUAGUGCAGAAACAACUUUCCUCAGAAGUUCCGAAUCUGAUGUAUAUAAAGCUUCUAGUUUAUGUAAAAACGGGAAUAUAGGAUAUUUAGUUCUUGCUGGGCUUCAUGCUUGUGGGGAUCUGUCAGUAAACAUGUUAAGGGCAUUUGUAGACUGUGAGCAAGUGAAAGCUCUUAUUAACGUUGGUUGUUGUUACAACUUAGUCUCCGAAGAAAGUUCUGAGAAGACGAGCAUGAUAUCUGGUUUCCCACUGAGCAAUGGUGCCAAAUUGUCUGGGUUAACUCUUGGAAAAAAUGCACGUGAUCUUGCUUGUCAGAGUGCGGAGAGGUGGAAAAGCUUGACAAAAAAAGCUGCUCUGCAGAAUUUUGAGUUGCAUGCAUUCCGUGCCACCUUUCAAAUGAGAGUAGAAGUACAAACUCAAAAGCAUUUUCAGAGCAGCCCUGUCAUUCUGAAGUAUAUGAAGAAGCUCGAUAUUCUACAUGCUCUGACAGAUAUGUACUCUUUGAAGAAUUCAGCAAGUCUGGACUAAAGCAUCUUGGGUUGGAAAGUCCACAGGACUUCAACUUGAUUGAACUAUGGAUGAGAGCUAAACCUUUCUUUGAAUUCAUAGGUCCAUACUGGUCUCUACGCGCUUCCUUGGGGCCACUGAUUGAAACUUAUAUUUUACUAGAUAGAUUGUUGUUUCUUCAAGAGCAUGGUAAUUUUGCAGAAGUACAGUUGGUUCCAUUAUUUGAUCCGACCCUGUCACCGAGAAAUGUAGCAAUCGUGGCACGAAAAAUUGAUGCAAAUAUAGCCAAUACAUAAAGUGGUAGUUGUUCUAUUUUUUAUCCUCUGUGUAUACCUUUGAUCUAACUGUUUAGUGCUAAGCUGUGACAGUGUUCUUUGGGUUCAAUAAAUUCAUAUUUUUCCCAUAAAGUGACUUGAAUCCUUGAAAAGUGCUUGCUUUUCCUUUAUGUAAGUAUAAUGCCCUUUCAAUGACUUUUCAGAACAUAGUUCUAACUCA